UUUCCAAGUCUCCCACGCCAUCGCAGCAGUGAGGGGAAGAUGGGUUUUCGCAGCACGUGGACUGUGGGUGAAACCGGUGUGAUUUGGGAGCGAAAGAGGCAGCGGGGCUCUCCUUGCUGGGAAAUUGCAGAGAAAGAGAUCCACGAGGAAGGAAGGACCGUGGAAUUCGAAGGGCGAUUGUGGCGUCUCUUUGGUCCACAGAGGCAGGACCAGCCCAUCAGUCGGGAGUGCUUGGGGGUCUCUUCCAACUCGGUGACUCUUCUCAUUCAGUCGACGUUCAACCAACAGGAGCCGGGUGUGUGAAGCUCAACCCCAGUCCCGAUUGCCUCAACUGGGGCGAACGUAUGGAUGGGUUCAAACUCUAGCAAAGUCAGAAAGGAAGGGGAGGGAAGGGCUGGGUCCUCGCAGGAGAGGCGGCGGCGCUGGAGAGGGAAACGCUUUGUAUUGAUGGCCUGGCCGAGCGGAGAGGCUGCAGAGUGAGCGCUUCUCGCCUCCUAAGCCGGAGCAGGAGAACCUCGCACUCCCUGGCCCCACUGCAGCCCUUGCCGAGUCGCUUCCGAAGCAGGGAGGGAGCCUGAGCCCACCAUCCAAGGGAAGCCCAGGGCUCCCCUCCUCCCUCCCUCCCUCCCCGAGCUCAGCCAGGAAGGGCUCCCGUUCUGGGCCGCCUCCUCCUCCUCCUCCUUUCCCUUUAGCCGCAGUUGGGCGAGGGGGACUCGAGAGCCAAGCGUCGGGCCCGGAGAUGGGCUGGGGAGGGCCUCUCCGCCAGCCUCGCCCCUCGCCCUAGCACCCCCUCGCCUCCCCGGAGGGACUSUGYCCCGCCAUGGAGACCAGCAUGAAGAAGUUCACCGUCCGCCGCUUCUUCUCCGUCUACCUCCGCAAGAAGUCGCGCUCCAAGAGCUCCAGCCUGAGUCGCUUCGAGGAAGAAGGCAUUGUGAAGGAGAUUGACAUCAGCCACCAUGUAAAGGAAGGUUUUGAAAAAGCAGACCCAUCACAGUUUGAGCUGCUGAAAGUUCUGGGGCAAGGCUCUUAUGGGAAGGUCUUUCUAGUGAGGAAGAUUAAAGGAUCUGAUGCUGGGCAGUUGUAUGCAAUGAAGGUACUCAAGAAGGCAACUCUAAAAGUCCGAGAUCGUGUACGAUCAAAAAUGGAAAGAGACAUUUUGGCAGAAGUGAAUCACCCUUUCAUUGUAAAACUCCAUUACGCAUUUCAAACAGAAGGGAAACUGUAUCUUAUACUAGAUUUCUUACGAGGAGGAGAUCUUUUCACCCGACUUUCCAAAGAGGUAAUGUUUACAGAAGAAGAUGUUAAGUUCUAUUUAGCCGAGCUGGCCUUGGCUUUAGAUCAUCUCCAUAGUCUUGGCAUUAUUUACAGAGAUUUGAAACCAGAAAACAUCCUUCUAGAUGAAGAAGGACACAUUAAGAUCACAGAUUUUGGCCUCAGCAAGGAAGCCAUUGACCAUGAUAAGAGAGCAUAUUCGUUCUGUGGGACGAUAGAGUACAUGGCCCCAGAGGUGGUCAACCGACGAGGACACACACAAAGUGCAGACUGGUGGUCAUUUGGUGUCCUCAUGUUUGAAAUGUUGACAGGAUCAUUACCAUUCCAAGGAAAAGACAGAAAGGAGACAAUGGCUCUCAUUCUAAAAGCCAAGUUAGGAAUGCCACAAUUUUUGAGCACAGAAGCUCAGAGUUUGCUGCGAGCCCUUUUUAAGAGGAAUCCAUCAAACAGAUUAGGUGCUGGCCUUGAUGGAGUUGAAGAGAUUAAACGGCAUCCUUUUUUUUCUACCAUAGAUUGGAAUAAACUGUACAGGAAAGAAAUCAAGCCCCCUUUUAAACCUGCAGUAGGACGUCCAGAUGACACCUUUCAUUUUGACCCAGAAUUCACCUCCCGGACACCAACAGAUUCCCCUGGUGUCCCUCCCAGUGCCAAUGCUCACAAUCUCUUCAGAGGAUUUAGCUUUGUUGCAUCCACCUUGGUGCAGGAGCCUGCACAGCAAGAGCUGCACAAGGUGAUAGUUCAUCCAAUUGUCCAGCAGUUACAUGGGAACAAUAUUCACUUUACAGAUGGAUACGAAAUCAAAGAAGACAUUGGCAUUGGCUCAUAUUCUGUAUGCAAGAGGUGUGUACAUAAAGCUACAGAAACAGAGUUUGCAGUAAAGGUAAUUGAUAAAAGCAAACGAGACCCCUCUGAAGAAAUUGAGAUUCUUCUAAGAUAUGGACAGCACCCAAACAUCAUAACUCUCAAAGAUGUUUAUGAUGAUGGAAAAUAUGUAUAUCUUGUGAUGGAACUAAUGAGAGGAGGAGAACUCUUAGACCGAAUUCUUCGACAGAAAUGCUUCUCAGAACGAGAGGCCAGUGAUGUCCUUUGCACCAUUACCAAGACUGUAGACUAUUUACAUUCCCAGGGAGUUGUUCACCGAGAUCUGAAGCCUAGUAAUAUCCUGUACAUGGAUGAAUCUGGUAACCCGGACUCUAUCAGAAUUUGUGAUUUUGGAUUUGCCAAACAACUGAGAGCUGAGAAUGGCCUACUAAUGACACCAUGUUACACAGCCAAUUUUGUAGCACCUGAGGUCUUAAAACGUCAAGGUUAUGAUGCAGCCUGCGAUAUCUGGAGCUUAGGAAUUCUCUUGUACACAAUGUUAGCAGGGUUUACUCCUUUUGCAAAUGGACCAGAUGAUACGCCUGAGGAGAUUCUGGCUAGAAUUGGCAGUGGAAAAUAUGCACUCACUGGAGGCAACUGGGAUUCAAUAUCUGAUGCUGCUAAAGAUGUUGUGUCAAAGAUGCUUCAUGUAGAUCCCCAUCAGCGCUUAACAGCAACCCAGGUCCUAAGGCACCCAUGGAUAAUAAACAGGGAAUACCUGUCCCAAAAUCAGCUCAUCAGACAGGAUGUACACUUGGUAAAGGGUGCAAUGGCAGCCACCUACUUUGCUUUAAACCGAACACCUCAGGCACCAAGACUGGAACCUGUAUUGUCCUCCAAUCUUGCCCAGCGUCGGGGGAUGAAAAGACUGACCUCAACGAGGUUGUAGUAUCCCAAAAAAAUGCCUAGCAGAAAAAAGGAGAACACACACCAUAUGUCAAUCAGGGAGGCCGGAAUACAUUGCUAAUUUUGCAGGACUCUGGACUAUUGGCAAAUACAUUGCAAGAAUUAGCAGAACUUCAGUAUAAGGCAAAGAUAUUCUUUACUUUUAAUUUCCUCUCUUUUUUUUACAUUACCACCAAGAUCCUGAGUUAGCAAUUACUCAAAAAUGUGCCAAUUUUCAAUUGCUUUAUUGUUUCUUAAUUUAAGUAUAAAUGGCUAAAAUCCUGUUUUGUCCCCUCCUCCUUUUCUCCAAAUGCUAUUUUUGGAAUCUUUUAGACGCUCUGUAAGACCACUUUUUUGUAAACAUUUUUCAAUAGGGAAUCAAUUAGUUUUGAUUUUAGAAGUCAAUACUACCAUAGCAUAUGUGUCAUGGUGAGUUGUCACAACUAGCAGAUAAUCCAGCUACCCAUCUUCAGGUGCAAUGAGGUUCAUUUCCAGAGGACUGAAUGAGAUGUGAUUUGUAACACUAUUAAUGUAAUACACUGCUAAGAGGAAUGCUUAAUAUGAAGGAAACAAGUAGAGUAUCUGAACUACUUUUUCAAAAAGUCAUUUUUAUGUGUUUGGUUUGUGUAGAAAUAAAUGCAUGGGGGUAAAACUGAGGCGGUAUCUGCUGAUCCAUGUAGUCAACAUCUACAAGGCCCCUCAUGUAAAUAUCAAAAAUGCACAAUCUAUAUUACCCCAGAUAAACUGUGGGUACAUAUCGCACAUUCGGGAGCCUGUGAUACUUCAGGUAUUCAUGCAAAUACAGUGUAUAAUAUAUGCAGUUUGAGGAUAGGCAGAGCUGAUAAGAUUUUGCCCUCUUUGCAUUCAUAUCCACAUGCAUAAACACAAGGCAGUGAUCCCUAAGGGCAGUAUGUUAUGCUACAAACUUCAAUUUUAAAAUAACAGUUCAUGAUGCCAGGCUAAUGUCUACAGGAAGAAAUCAUCUAGUCUGUGGGUGCUUCCAGAUGAGGUGCUUACUGUGCAAUUGCAUUGCCUGCUGAUGGAAUUACACCAGUGGUUCUCAACUUGUAGAUUCCCAGAUGUUUUGGCCUUCAACUUCCAGGAAUCCUAACACUGGUAAACAGGCCUGGAUUUCUGGGAGUUUGUAAGCCAAAACACCUACAGACCCACAGGUUGAGAACCACUGAAUUAUACAGUAGAUCAGAUAGUGUUUUCAAUUUGAGCUCCCACUACAUUUUUCCAUCACUUCUUCUACUGUUUUUCUUACCAAAGCCCUUGCAAGGGUUAAAAAUAAUCAAACAGAACAGUUGCAUAAUAUACUUUUCGAAUACUAGAGGUAAGAGCCCUCCAUCUGCAAGCACUCUGAUCAGUCGUAGAAAAGAAGCUGUCAGUGGUGAAUUUAAAUCUAUAGUGUUUCACAGUGUCAGAAAAAAUAAGUUCCAUUGUUAUGUUGGAUUAACAAUCUAGUCCUAUACAUGUCUAACCAAAAGUUAAGCAUCGUUGAAAUCAAUGGGAUUUAUUUUCUGUAUGUCUGUAUAUGAUUGCAGUCUAAAGGUUUUUCAUUACUGUCUUGACUGUCAUCAAGCACCAAUUGGGAUGACAAAAAUAAGUAAUCAGAAGUACCAUGGAAUUCAACAGAAUUUACUCCCACCUGGGUUUGGCUGUAUAGAAUUGCAGUCUAAAUGUCUUUAGUUAUUUUCUUGGGCUUUGUCAAGAACAAUCCAGGUGACAAAAAUAAGUAUAUUUCCAUCCAUUAGCACUUAGAUUGCUUCAAUAAUCCUCAAUAUUCAAGUCAUUUAUAAUUUAUAGCAACCUUAUCACAGAGUUCUCUAGAGGAAAAAAAUUCAAAGAGGGUUUGCCUUUGCCAUUCUCCGAGUUUAAGAAGGUGUGACUUGCCCAAGGCCACCCAGUGGUAUUCUGUAGCUUAAUAAGAAUUUGAGCUCUAGUCUCACGAAUCAUUGUUCACUGCUCAAACCACAACCCCACACUGGCUCUAAAUGUCUGCUAAUUUGGCUAUGUUCUGCCAAAUUUAGUGAGGAGUAUUUUCAAAUGAGUGAGUAGAGGAUUGCAAUCUAACCCCUUUGAAAUCAAUGAAUUUAGGAGUAUUCGUUUCAGAGUUGUAUUAUCAUGGUUAGUUUAAGCACUUUACUUGAUUUUCCUUUUCUUAAUAGAUGUUGUCAAUUCUCAGAGUUAUGCAGAAGAAAUUAGUGUUCUGCAUUCUCUUUCACUGCUUAUGGAGUGGGUAAUGAGGGAAGACAGAAUAUUGUAUCCUACUGAUUAGAGCAAUUUAUCUGACCCUAAAUACAAUUUGGGAGAUCCAUAUUAACUGAGCCUGUAUAUGCAAGGAAGAAGAAGGUUCCAUUGGCUACUGUAAUUAUACCACUGGGGUUUGUUUUUGUGCUCAACAAGCUAUUACAUAAUUUAUUUUAUCUUAUCUUUAAUUUUAAAUAUAUAUUUAAUACUUCAUUUUAUGUGCUGUACACAUAGUGCCAUAAUAGAGCAUUUGCUCUUCACAUUUGCGUUUUGGAAUAACAAUGCUGUGUAACUCCAUAAAAUGAAUGAAUUUGUUCAAGUACAGCAGGGCAUAAUGUAGAUAUUAGAAAUCUUGAAAAUGUUGGCCUAUUUUUAUUAUGUGUAUCUAAAGGCAGCAAGAUCUCUCCCUUCUUUGGUUGAACAGGAUAGAAUACACCUGUGCAACAAAUAUCUUCAUGUGCCCUAGCCAGACCCUACAAAAAGUUAUGGCAUUUUUCAUUGUUUACCCCUUUCCCUAGACUUGCUAACAUUAUAGGUCCACUUUACUAAGAAGCCUAUUACUCAGGUCCAUCCAUGGAUACUUCAGAAGAUGUCAUAUUAUACUGUUUGAGAGUCAAAUCUCUAGUACAAAUGGCAGGUGGAACACAAUGAGAAUGGAUGAAAAUAAUUGAAAUAACAUGCCUUUCCUUCACAUAUUUAUGUGUACAUUAUUCCAACAGGGCAUGUUAUAUGCCACAAAUUAAGUCCAAGCCAAAUCCAAUUUCAUGUAGAUAAGAAUGGUUAUUUCAAACACCAUUUGGGUCAUCCCCACCUGUAUUAUAUGUGAUACCUAGGUUGCUAGAGAACAGCUAUCACUAGGUGGUAGAGCAGAGGAUUACCAUUGGAAGUUCAGUGCUCUGCCUCUCCAGCUCCCCUACAGAGGGUCUGCUAGUCAGGGUAGUCAGUGAUGAGUUAAAUGAACUUGCAACCUUAGUAUAAAAUUGCUUCCUAUGUUUUCAUUGCUGUUAUUAUCCCACUAUAUAAAAUAUGUAAAAUUAAAAUUGUGUAAAUCUGCUGUUUAGUUACACAACCCCAUGGACAGCUGAAAUACAACUGAUUUUUCUGGUUCUGAACAGUGGUGUCAUUCUGCUCUCACAAAGCAUGUCCUACAUGUAGUAAUGCCACUAGCCCUUGUCCAGUAUUUGGAAUCUUCUUGAAUUAACUGUUUGUAACACAGGAGUUUCCAUAGCCAUAUAACCUUACUGAAUCAAGUGUCAUUAACACUAGCAGUAGUCCUGAGAGUCAUGGCAUAACCUUUUGACUGUCAUAAUUAAUAUGCUUUGUAUUUUGACACAAACUCCAGCCUCCACCAUCUUGCACAACCUUUCUGUCACAAAGCUAAAUUAAUACUUCUGGUUUUAGAUCAGUUUGAAGCCAACCCAAUCAAGAGGCCAUAUAGAUAUUAUGAACAACGUGGAAUAUGUAACAAACUACUUUAGUCUGCAUAGACCUAAUCCUAUCAAUGAGGUUUCCAUUGCUUAAAACACAUUUUGUACUGAGGUCUAAAUCCAAUUGAUCAUCCCAAGUGGAGUAAACCACUGAAUCAAUGAAAUGAACAUAAGUAUUGAUUUGUCAUCAAGCAGUUGAUUCAGUGGAUCUACUUUACUUAGAACUAGUUGCUGGAUUUAAGCCUUAAAAGUGUUAUGGAACUAUUCUUUAGAAUGUAUGCACAGUUAACCAAAAGUGAAACCUUUUUUUUAAAAUGGGAAAGGGUCAGCAGAUUUGCUGUAAUAACACUAAAAAAGUUUUAUGUUUUAUAAAUCGGUACUGUUCCGUUAUCCUGACAGAUUCCAAAAGGGGGCCUAGACAGAGAAAGGUAAUCUGCAUUAUGUAUUUGAAUUCUUAAAAUAGAAAGUCAAACUUAUCAGUGAGUGUUUAACUUCCAAGUUUUAGUGUCAGGUUCUCUAAAACUGGAGAUUCUUUUCUGUUUAGUGAUUAUACAGGUUCUAGCUAUACAGGUUCUAGGUCUUCAUUCUAAUUUUGUUGGAAUCACUAUCUAAGGUCAACCUCACUGUUUCAACAGAACAGGAUACUGAGACAGGUAUGUUCGUGUUAAAAUUGAAAUGCCUAAUCUCAUUGUGCUUCAGUAAUACUGAAACACAAGUGAGUCCCCUUCGGGGUGAGAAGGGCAGAGUGCAAAUAUGGAAAAUAAAUAAAUAAAUCUCAUGCCCAAUUACAUAUUCUUACAAACGCACAUGUAGCUUGCAAGUCUUGGCAUUUAUCUUUGUAUGUUGGUGUCACGAGGGCUUCCAGAUGAAUGAUUCCUGAUAUUAUCAGUCAAAAGGCAUUUGGCCUUGGAGAUCUAGCUUCAAAUAAUAAUGCCCAUGAUUUCCAGGAAUUACUGUCCAUAGUUUGGGUACAGAACUGCAGCAUUUAUGUUUGCCAUUCACAGAUUGCUGGGACUCUUUUGCAAAUUUGGCUCUUCUAUCAGGCUUCAGUUGAGAGAUGUUGGAGAUGGAAAAUGAUUGUAUGGAAUUGGAGACAAGGGCUGUGUACAUGAGAUAGCAUGCCUUGAGCUCUCCCUAACUAGUCUUUUGUUCUCUUAUGCAUCAUGUAAUGCAGUCCCAUUACUAGUGGUAAAUCAAAACCCAACUGAUAGCUAAAUUUUAUAGGCAGAAUACAUGGAAUGGUGUAGUUCUUCCCCUCGAGCAGCAAAAAUGCCCUAGGCUGUCUGUCUCUGCUCCUCUGGCUUAAUAAAAUUAAUACUUCAAUUUCAAUUUAAUCCUCCUUCACGCAAAAGACAUUACAUCCCUAAUUCUACAGAGAAAAUUCAUGGGAUCAUCACCAUAUACAAUUCCUUCUCUUCCUCCUCAUGAUUGAGAAAUAAUGUUGGUAGGAUUGGAGUUAGCCCAUGCUAGCAAUGACUUGCAAAGGGCAAAUAUUCUCAGUAUUUAUUUCUCAAUUUGCUGGAAAUAUUAGAAUCUAGUGGAUGAACAUAAUUCAUGUACACCUUAUCAUUAUUUGAUUUUUUUUUCUUAACAGUUUGUCUCAUUUGUUACUUUGGGUAUUUGUAUUACUCAGUAGCUGCAAAACUGAAACAAACAUGAGCCCCUUUAGAAACUAAUGAUGAUAAUUUCCAUCUCAAGACACUCUCUUUAACUUAAUCUGAAUGAAAUGAAGAAGGAAGAUCAUUUUUUCCAUAGGCACAGAAUCACAUCUUUCAUUCAUAUUUAGUUGUAUAACUCGCUACCUGAGCUACUGAAGAAUGUACUGUUUUGUAGAUUCUAGACAAAUUGUAUUUACACAAUUUAUUUAUACAUUAUAAAAUAACCUGUGGGAUGCCUUAAAGAUUAAAAACACCAAAUGGGUUCAAAAUCUGAUUUGCAGGAAACAAUGGAACAUUCCUUGGAUUGUAAGGUUUGUGUAAUGGUUUCAGAAGUAUUAGUAUUUCUAGAAUGUGGUGCAGUGUUUUGUUUUUAAAUUUCCACAUCCAUGUUUGUGAACGGUUUCGUUUGAAAUGUCUAUGCUUCAACCUUUCAAAUCUGAAAGGGGCUACAGUUGUAUAUUGUAUAUGUACCAGAGAUUUUUUUAAGAAGUAAAGUUGGUUUUAUGAAGUGUUAUAUUUUUAUAGCACAGUAAUCAUUUGGGACUUUGUUAGACACAAUUGUCUCCAGGGAAGACAAUUGAUUCUAUUUUCUGUGCACUGUGUCUACUGUUGCUGCUACAGCUGCUGGCCUCAGCUGCUGGGUGAAUGAUGUUGUGAAAUGGUCUGAAUUGAUCUUCAGAGCUCUGUGUGUCUAUGUGAAAGGAUGAUGCCAGGAGAAAAAAAAAGUGUAUAUGGGUCCAUAGGGCAAGGGUUUACUGUGACAGGCUCCUAGGAAGGAACCUCAGUAUUGGCCUUCAUCUGUACAUCUUUAUUUAUAAAGAAAUAAAAAAAAUCUAUCAAA